ACCGAGGGCUCCCCUAUGAUUCCACCGUUUUGGUCUCCUUUCUCUCUCCUCCAUUAUGUCCUGUCCAUUUAUAAGCGUGGUCUCCGUGUUGUUGCCCCUCCAAGCUUCUCCCCCACCUCUCCUCUUCUCUUCUCCCCUUCUCUCUCGUUUCACAGCUCACAUUACAAUUCCGAAGCUUCAGGAUGGCGAUUCGCACUUUUGACUGCCUUAAUCAGUAGAAACAGAAAUUGGAGGUUUCUAGGGGACAGUAAAGACAGGGAACGAAGGAAGGAAGUAGCACCAAUGGCGGAAGCUCAAGAGAAGCGACUUCUCUUCGGAAAAUAUGAACUUGGCCGGCUGCUUGGGCAGGGGACGUUUGCAAAAGUUUAUUUCGCCCGGAACGUGGUGACGAACGAGGCCGUCGCUAUUAAGGUGCUGCACAAGGACCAGGUGAAGAAGCAGGGCCUGAUGGAGCAGAUCAAGCGGGAGAUAUCGGUGAUGCAUCUCGUGAAGCACCCGAACGUCGUCGAGCUCAAGGAGGUCAUGGCGAACAAGGGCAAGAUCUUCUUCGUGAUGGAGUACGUAAAGGGAGGCGAGCUAUUCGCCAAGAUCGCCAAGGGGAAGCUCAAGGAAGACGAGGCACGGCGGUACUUCCAGCAGCUGAUCGCCGCCGUCGACUACUGCCACAGCCGCGGCGUCUCGCACCGCGACCUGAAGCCGGAGAACCUCCUGCUCGACGAGAACGGCGACCUCAAGGUCUCUGACUUCGGCCUCAGCGCGCUGCCCGAGCAGCACUGGCACGACGGGCUCCUCCACACGCAGUGCGGCACGCCGGCAUACGUGGCGCCGGAGGUCCUCCGCAAAAAGGGCUACGACGGCGCCAAGGCCGAUAUCUGGUCCUGCGGCGUCAUCCUCUACGUCCUGCUCGCCGGCUUCCUGCCGUUCCAGGACGAAAACAUCAUGCACAUGUACAGGAAGGUCUUCAAGGCCGAGUUCCAGGUUCCACCGUGGUUCUCGCCUGACGUCCGGCACCUCCUGGCGAAGAUUCUGGUCACCGAUCCGAACAAGAGGAUCACGAUUUCUCAGAUUAUGGAGGUACCAUGGUUCAAGAAGGGCUUCAGCGGACCAGCUGCGUUUGAACUGCCAUCUUCUGCUCCGGAUUCGGGCAUGAUCGAUUCUCUGAAAUCCGAAUCCCAGCAGCCAACGCCGGAAUUCUUCAACGCCUUUGAUCUCAUAUCAUCAAUGUCGUCCGGCUUCGAUCUCUCUGGUUUCUUCGAGAGCGAGAAGAAGCGGGGAUCCAUGUUCACUUCAAGGUGUUCGACCGGUGCUAUACUGGGGAAACUGGAAGCACUAGCCAAGGCGUUCAGGUUCAGGGUGACAAAGGUGAAGGACUUCAAGAUCAGGAUGCAGAGGUCAGUCCCCGGAAGGAAAGGGCCGCUGUCGGUGACGGCGGAGAUCUUCCAACUUGCGCCAUCGCUGUCAAUGGUGGAGUUCGGCAAGUCGAGCGGGGACACCUUGGAGUACGUCGAAUUCUGUGAGGAGGCUCGGCCUGCCCUCAAGGACAUAGUCUGGGCCUGGCAGGGCCAGGGAGAAGAGGACCAGCAGCAGGGCGUUGCUCAGUGCCAGCAGCAGCACAGGAAGCAUCAGCACAGAGAAGCUCAAGCUGCAGCUGCUUGAACCACCACUGAAAUCUUUCUGAUUCUUCUCUAGAACCGAAUUAUGGUUUUGAAUUUUUGGUUGAUUUUUGACAUAGGCGAGUGAAUUGAGUGUUGCGUCUCUCAUCUUACUAUGCAAGUAUAGAUUCUGUACAUAGAAAAGGACUUUUUGUAUAUAGGAGAAAUUAGCCUUGCCCUUUCCCUUUUCCCCCCUUUCUUGGUAUCAGGAAAAAUUUGGUUUCUUGGGUAUUACCAAAACUCUUCUGGUUGAAGAUGUAUAUACGUUUAUCAUGUCCCUGUUCCAGAUCAAAUGAUAAAGUUAUGUUA